CUAACUUUCACUGUCUUUCGAUUUCAUUCUCUCUUUUAAUGGCUCCUCCUUUACCUUUCUUACCAGACCAAACCAAGCAAACGCGUUUAUCUUCAGACCAAAAGAAGAAGAACAGAAACAAGAAAACGCCCCCGCCGCCUCAGACGCUAAUGCAAACGCAAAGGCAAAAGGUGAAGCAGAAGCAGAAGACAGUAUUAUCAUCAUCAUCAUCAUCAUCAUCUUCGUCGUUCUCGUCAUGGAGCCAGAUAAAGAACCUUUUGAGCUGCAAGCAAAUCGAAGGUCCACGAGUGCACGACCCAUCAAAGGUUACGUCAUCAUCUUGUGGCUCCUCUCUAUGUAAGUUCAGUGAUGUUAUUUACGGUAAUGCACGUGUGAUUCACCGCUCCGAUCACUCGCCUGAGAGUAGCAACCUAGGUCAAGAUGCCGGGUUGUUGACCCGAAAACCCGUCACCCGUGGAUCUUUUUCUUCUGUUAGAUCCAACGGUUGUGGAGCUUACACGUCAUAUUCAUCUUCUAAAGCGAUGCACUUUAGAAAACUCUCCGGUUGCUAUGAGUGCCACAUGAUUGUUGAUCCCAGCAGGUAUCCAAUAUCACCAAGAAUAUUUGCAUGUCCACAAUGUGGGGAGGUAUUUCCUAAGCUUGAAACCUUGGAGAAUCAUCAAGCAGUUCGUCACGCCGUGUCCGAGCUGGGGCCAGAGGAUUCAGGGAGAAACAUAGUGGAUAUCAUCUUCAAAUCUAGCUGGUUAAGAAAAGACAGUCCCAUCUACAAGAUCGAACGGAUAUUAAAAGUCCACAACACCCAACGCACGAUCCAACGGUUUGAAGAUUGUCGCGACGCAGUCAAGUCCCAUGCACAUGCAUCCACCAGAAAAGAGCCUCGAUCAGCUGCCGACGGCAACGAGCUCCUCCGGUUUCACUGCACCACCGUUUCUUGCUCCCUUGGCUCUCGCGGUUCGACUUCUCUCUGCUCCAACGUCCCUGGCUGCCGGGUUUGCACCAUUAUCCGCCACGGCUUCCACGCCAAAACGCUGCGUUUAGGAGGUGGAACCAAUGAGAUCAAGGGCGUGAGGACCACGGCGAGUAGCGGAAGAGCCCACGAUGCAUUGAGGUGCUUUGACCAGCGGAGAGCGAUGCUUGUUUGCCGUGUGAUCGCCGGGAGAGUGAGGCGCGUGCAGAGCGACGCGCCGGAAGAUGAGAUUGGUUCUGGCUCGUAUGAUUCUGUGGCGGGCGUUGCUGGGGUUUACACAAACCUGGACGACUUGGUUGUGUUUAACCCCAAGGCCAUACUUCCUUGCUUUGUAGUUAUCUACAAAGUUUCCGAGCCUUAACAAAAAAAAAAAAUUGAACUUUUCAAGAUUUGGAUUUGUAAGUUAUUUAGUGAAAUGUGUGAGGCAGUGGUUGUAAUAUUUAGGAACAAGAAUUAGCAUAUUAUUGUGUACAAUUAGUUUGGUGUGGCCUAGUCGAGAGUAAAUGACUAGUACUGUCUCCUUUCUUUCAUUCUAUGAAUUCGAUUUAACGUA